AUGAUCCUAACUCCCAAAGUUUAUGGUUUAUCUCAUCAGUCAUUGACUCUUCACAAUAAGGACAUGGUUGUUUCAUCACCUUCUCCAAAUACUUCUGAUAUUUUGUACUAUCAAAUUUCUGAUCCGUGGGUACUGUCGCCGUCCAGUCUAAAUGCAACUUCACUUUCACAAGUAUUCUACUCGAAAAUGUAUAUACCCAUGUAUGCGUUUUCACUGGUUGCAGUAGUGGGUCAGUAUUCAGUGAGUAUUUAUCCACCGGACUCUCCCAUGAUGGAUCUCUGUGGAACUAAUAGUCCUGCUCAAAAGUAUAAAUCAUUGGAGGACAUGUCCUUCUAUGUGCCUGAAGUUGGAGAGAAUGUUCGAUCAUCAAGUGAGAAUUUGUGUCUUGAAUUCUUUUGUAGCUCAACAUUGAAAUACCAUGAAGUUGAAAAUAGGAAAUUGAACUUAACACGUUGGUCACAAGUGGACGAGUUUACAUGGUUUUAUAACUAUUGUCUGUAUUGUGACAAUGUUGUGAGUCGGGAAUUUAAGGAUUUUUUCAUUAACAACAGCACACAGAGUUUUGCACAAAACUCAGAUCAAUCAGCUUGUCCUCUCUUCAAUCCAACAAUUAUCCAAAAAGCUGAACAACACUGUCAGAUCCAAAAUCUUCAAAACAAACCUCAACCUUACAGCAUUGGAACUUUUUUCCUUUCCUCUGAUUUAAUGGACUCUCCUGAAUUUAGAAGUGUCUUGUCAUUUUAUGAUUUUAUGCAAUUUGUGGAACAUUCCAGUUUUCCAUACAAUUGUUUUUGCAAAGAACAGAGCUUGAGUUUAGUUCCUGGAAUUAGACCAUUCUCAUUUGCUUUUGCGUGUGACAUUUAUUCACGAGCCAUUAUAUCACUCGUGUUUGAAUUUGGCCCAAUAUUUAUUUUUAUAUUUACAGUUUUUCUUUUAUUUAGCUCAUUCUUUGUACUGCUGUUACCAAUUUAUUGUGCUGUUUAUAGAGAAUAUCGAAGCGCAUAUGAAAAGAAACUUUUAUCGACAAUAUUUGAUUUGAGAAUUCAAAGCACAACAAUAUUAUUCUUUGCAAUAUUGUGGAUGUGUGUACAGGAAAUUUUCGCAUACCUCUUUAAUUUCAAUGCAUUCUCUUCCAUGUAUUACAAUGAGGAUUCACACAAUGGAUUUAUGUUACUACUUGGAAAUGGACUUUUGAGAAUGAUUUCCUUAGUUUUUCUUUGUUGCUCCUUUGCAAGUAUGCUUGUCAGUUGGCAACACAUGACUUCAAACACGGAAGGUAAUUUUCUCUCUGGAGUUGCAGGAGGAAUUGCUGCAACAGGAAAAGCACUUAUUGGUGCCUCAAAAGAUGAACGAGGUCAUGCUGGGCUGAUAGAUGACAAUGAAGACUAUACUCCUCAAACUAAGAGAGAAAGUGAGAGAUCCUCAUUGCUUUAUGUUGGAGGACGAGAUCCUACUGAUUCUCUUUCAACUGGAAACAAAUUGAUUCUAGCUGGAUUUUACCUUUCACUCUUAGCAUUGCUCAUUGCAGUAGUGAUCAUGUCAUUUUUCAUACACACUCUCUAUAUUAUAUUUUUAGUGUUUAUUGCGUUUGGAAUGAUGUAUUUGUGGAUUUUCCCAAUAGGAUUUUUAUUCAGUGGUAUACGAAUGUAUUACAAACUUAAAUCUAUGAAAGAGAAUUUAUCAUUUGCUCGAUUGAAGUUUACAAGAUUUAUGAUUUUCGCUGAUAUUUGUUUCAUUCUUCUCAUCAUUGUUGGAGCUCUCUUUAUGUUGACUUAUUUAUUUGGAUGGGAUCUAUUUGGAGUUUUUAUUGGAAUUAAUCGUUCACUCAUCAUGGAUUUCACAAUUGUGUUAAUGAUGACUAUUGAACAAUACAUGCUCUUCAACCAAAAAUCUAUUAAGGAUUUAUAUGGUGAAAAAAUACUUAUUUGCUGUUGUAUGUACAAGCGAAAAAAGAGAGAAAUACCAGUAUUUGAGGUUGAGGACGACCAUGGUCAACAAGUUGAAGACAUUGACGACGAAGACGUUAAAAACAAAUCAAGCCUUAAUAUCAUUUAUUCACCAAGAGGAAGAAGGCCAGCAUCAAUUACGACCAAUGGCACAGAAGAGAAGAUUGAAUCAGAAAUGACACCAGAAGGUCAUGACGAUGAGAAAGCUUUACAUUUGAAUGGAUUUUCUUUUAGUGUGGAUUCGCUUCCAAAGCUCCAAUAA